GGAUUUGAUUUAAAGUGGAUUUAACAAAAAGCUUCAUAAAAACUCAAACAAGUGUAGACGUGUAUGUAAAUGUAGCUAUAGAAAUAUUUAGGCUAGUAAAUAAGCUAGUAUUCAGUUACCUUGAUUAGCUCUUAAUUAGCUAAAGCCGCUACUUCCUGGGAAUUACUGUGCAGAGGGGGAGUCUCACUGAUUGUGCUUACGCUAGCUUUUUAAAAAUGCCUUUUGUGCAACACUAAAGCAACAAUAUUGGUCUUAAAAAUAGAUUUGUAUCAACUUUUGCUGUAUUUUUGAGCCACAGAGGGACAUUUUUAGUAAAAAUCUUCUUCGUAGAAACAAUAGUUCCCCCCUCCGACUCCUGAUAAAUGAUAGAGUCCAGAGGGCGCGAGGCUCCAAACAUUUGGUUUAACGGACAUUAAACAGGUAAAAACCGAAUAGUCUUUAUCGUUAAAACGGAAUAACACGCUUUUAAAUAUAUGAAUUUAGGAUUAUAAAGUAACGUCUGUUUAAAUAAUUCGUCAUUUAAGGAAAACGAACGCGCAGCAGGAGUCAUCAACAGCUUCUCCAACCUGCCUGAGUUCCAGAUUUAAAGAUGAGUGAGGAGAACAUGGAGGAGGUGCAGAUGUUGGAGGCUCAGAUCGAACGCCUCCAGGCUGAAGUGGAAGCGUUGCAGCGCCAGCAGCAGGACAACCAGAAGGACAUCACCUUCCAGUUCAGAGGACAGAUGCAGGAUGCCAUAGCAUCUCUGUGUGGACGUGGACCAGUAGGAGAGAAGGAGCGAGUCAUGUCCAGCCUGAAGGAGGAGGUGGAGGAGAUGGAGGAGGAUCUGAGGCGGCAGACGCAGAUGAACGGCAUCACUCUGAACGGCUGCAACGCCAAAACUCUGAGAAGCAGUGGCAGUAAAGUGGUGCAGCAGCUCUGUCUAUCAGGUCGCUGCUCUGAACUGGACUUCCAGGUGGAGUUUAAGCUCUCUGAGGUCAAAGACGGUCAGAAAUCUCAGAGAACCAUCAGUGAUCUGAAUGUGGUUCUGGACUCCAAUGACCUGCAGACCUUCAGCAGCUUCGUGUCCAGCGUGGAGGAGAGCUGUGAUCUUCUGCUGUUCUUCAGGACUUUAAGGACUUUCUCAGACAGGUGUGACGACAGAAGCAGAACCUUCCAGCACUUCCAGCAGAAGUAUCCGUCCGUCGUCUCUCUUCCUGGAGGCUGCAGGUCGGAGGUCAUGGCUCUGAGUCACGCUGAGCUUUCUGGUUGCGUCCUUUUUGUCCGUUGGUCCAUCGAUGUUUCCAGAGAAGGAGGCGUCUCUCCGAACAUCGAGCUGCUGACCAAGAUCCCAGACCAAGCUCUGAUGUUGUUCCCCUGUUGGCCUGUUGGAGGUGCCGCUGAGGCCUUUCAGAGCCUGCUGAGGAUUCUGGGAGUUGAAGGCGCCAUGGAGUCAAUCAUCGUCAGCUUCCAACAGGAAGUUUAACCAAACCUCCAUCUUCUACUUCCUGACUUUCAAUAAGAAUUCUUUAAUUCAGUCGAUAGAGACAGAGAAAGACGACAGUGAAGCUUUGAGUCCGUUAGAAAUCUUUAAUUCAAUAGAAAGAGCUCGACUGCGACAGCUGUGACAGCAGCGGAGCUCAUCGGUCAAAAUCUACAAAAAUAAAUAAUUUAAAUACAAAAUGCCA